AAACAGACUCACUGAGAAGAAACGUUCAGAGUGAGACCAAGAGAGAGAGAGGGAGAGAGAGAGAGAGGACAAGCUGGAAAAAGAGGAGGAGACGAAGAAACAAAGCAGCUACAGAGAGAAAGUUUCCUUAGACUCACUGAGUCAUUGACAACGGAAAACUAACACAUGAGAGACAGACGAGGACAAAGAGACGGAGACGACGUGGGACCUUUUAAAAUAUUACCUUUUCAAAUUCAGCUGAUGUGAGAGGACCGGACCUGCACAGGUGCAUCAUGGGAAUGUCUUAGCUUCAUAACGACACACCUGAACUUCUCUUUCGUCCACAUCCACCUGUGCCACACCCACUCAUUAUGAUGGUCAGGUUUUCACAGAGAAGAAGCUCUGUGGGCGGAGCCAGAGAGCUACAGCUGCUCACACUGAUGAUGAUGAUGAUGAUGGCAGUGGAGGUAGUGAGCGCCGAAGGCAUAGAGAUUGAAGACAGCGAGGAGAUCCUGGAUGAGGACGGGACUGAGCCGCCGUCCUCUGACAUGUCCAGAGUGUCUCCUCUGAGCUCGUGGCUGAUCUUCAGGAGAAACUCCCACAGAGACAACAGCAGGAGGAGCCGAGGGUCCAGACGCACGUCCAAGCAUGGACUUCCAGGACCUCCAGGACCUCCAGGACCUCCAGGACCUCAGGGGCCUCCAGGGCCCCCAACUCCCCUCCUACCCCAACAGCAGGAGCUGAUGCAGGAGCUGCAGCUUAAACUGAGAGACCUGGCAGGAGUGUGCGUACCAUGUGACCGUCCUCGUGUCUCAGCCUCUUUCCUCAGUCGCCUCCUGCAGCCAAUCAACAUUCCACGCCGCAGCCUGGUGGAGCUGCAGCCAUUCAUCCAGCCCCCAGAUUAUGGGCGGAGCCUCCAGAGAGGUCAGAGCUUCAACAGCAGCAGCGGUCGUUUCACAGCGCCUGUGUCUGGAUUCUACCAACUGACCACCAGCCUCCUGAUAGAGUCAGGUGACAGGCUGCAGGUUCGUCUCAGAGACAGCGUGAGAGCUGCAAUCUGCAUCGAGUCCCUGUGUCAGAACAACCUCUCUGUAGACUCAGUAGUGGGCGUGGCUGCAGUAGGAGGGACCUUCAGCAUCUUAUUAACAGGAACUUUGUAUCUUCAGACUGAAGAGUAUGUCUCUGUGUUUGUGGACAAUGCCAGUGGAUCAUCCAUCAGUGUUCUGCCCGAGUCUCUGUUCUCUGGGAUCCUGCUGGGAGUGUGACACACACACACACACACACGAUAAAACACACACACACACACACACAAGAACACACAUUAUAACACACAUGCACGCACGCAGGCACGCACACACACACAUCAUCAUAUUGGGGAAGCCUGUGGCCAAGUGGAAAGGGAACUUGGCUUGUAACUGGAGGAUAGCCGGUUCAAGUCCCCACCAGGUCAAAAGGGCUAGGGGUACCCCUGAGCAAGGUACCCAACCCCCAUGGCUACCACCUGCUCCUAAUUCUAGAAUGAGUCGAAUGCAAAUAACUCACUGAUGAUGUUAUUACAUGUGUGUGCAGUAUAUUUAUUCUGUGUCAUGUGAUGAAUUAUAAUAAACAUUCUGUUGUCUUUA